AUGCGUUUUGGUGAUAAAGCUUGUUCGAAAGGUUCUCAAUGUAAAAAUCGUGAUUUGGAAUAUAUUUUUAUAUUUCAUUUCAAAGGUUGUAAUCCACAACCACGUUAUUUUGAUCUUGAACAAACAAUGCCUGGAAAAAAUCUUUAUAUUGGAUUUCAUCAAACUGAUCCCAAGUCAGCUAUGCUAAUUGCUCAAUCAAGAGAAGGAACAGGACGAUAA